GGAUUAGCGAUUUCUUUUGUGCCGCAAAAGGUACCAAGCGAAACAAAGCCAAACAACGAUUGCGAUUUCGACCGAUGCCGGGACUUCUUUCACGAUUCUCGUUCCUGGUGUUGGCACUUCUGGCAGCUACCGAUGCGCUGUCGGAAAGACCCGGUGGCAACGAAGUCUUCCUUCCGUCACCACAACCACCGAUAAAUAUCAUUGUCGUUGGCGGGAGCAGCGGAAUGGGAAAGGCCGCCGCGAUUGCCUGUGUCAAACGAGGCGGAAAAGCGCUCAUUGUGAGCCGAUCGGAGGAAAAGCUCGCCAGGGCAGCCGAGGAAAUCCAGUCCUAUGCGCCACAACGGGACACCUCGUGCGAGGAUAGCGACGAUGAAUCGACAGCUUCGAUGGUAACGACAGCCGUCCUCGAUGCCUCCGAUGAGGAGGCCGUGGAGUUGUUUUCCAAAACCCUGCCUUCUGUUAUGGGGGACGAAACCUGGGACGGCCUCGUCAUAUCGGCGGCCGGAAGCGCUCCGCACGGAGCCAUGGAAGAACUGGAAACUUCUAAGACGAGAGACCUAUUUGAAUCGAAGUUCUGGUCUGCCUACCACUGCGCCAAAUACAUCGGACCAAAGCUCUCGGAAGGAAGCGGUGUCGUCUUUGUGGCCGGGGUGCUCAACCGGCGGCCCGGGAAGAACUGUGUCCCGCUGGCAUCGACGAACGGUGCCCUCGAGGGACUCACGCGGUCCCUGGCCCUGGAAUGGGGACCGAGGCUGCGGGUCAACUGCCUGAGCCCCGGUUUUUGCGACACGGAGCGGUUCGACCGGAUGGAUCCGGAACGAAAGGAAGCAAUGCUGGCCAACACGGCCGACAGCCUGCCCCUGAAGCGGACGGGGGUGCCGGAAGACAUGGGAGAAGGCAUCUAUUAUUUGCUGACGGCAGGGUUCUGCACCGGAGUCGUCUUGGACGUCGAUGGCGGGCACGGCAUUCGCCAAUACGCCAACGCCCAAAGCGAUCCAAUGCGGCAAUCCGUCGGCACUAAAUUGUGAGUGUAACUACAAUGAGGGGCAACAACUACAGCAAACACGAACAGCAAAGAAGAACCGAAGCAUCCUGGCAACACCUCGUUUCUCGUCGGAACGACUGUAGAGGAGUCACUUAAUUUUUCCUUCCGAAGCAACCAGUUGACACGGAGAUAUCGAUACAAAGUA